AUGACUGAUUCACUGAACGAUUCCGCCUUUAAUGAAUCUAUUGAAAAGAGCUUUAUGAAUGAAACUGGACAUGUCCAAUUGUUCAUAUUGCCAAAUACUAGAAGUACCAAUAAAGAGAAAAAUGAAAAGAAAGGCCUUGAUGAUUAUAUCAGGAAUAUAAAAUUUGAGAAUGAUCCAGCUGCUAUAUUCAAAUAUUUUCAGGAAUUGGAAUUAAAAAGAAAAUUUGUUAUAUUUGAUGAAAUUUUGCCUGUAUAUGUUGUACACUUGAAGAAAAACAAUUGUAUCUAUCUUGAAAAUCCUACUCUCUCGUUUCAAAUAAACUCUACUAAAUUAUAUUCGAGUAACGCUGAGUUAAAAGAAAUUCGAAACAUCAAUGUCAACCAAAAAGAUACUAUUACCAUAUACAAAGUUUUAAAUUUAAAAGAUAUUUUCCAACAUUUUGUUUAUAAAAAUAACAUGGUUAUGAAUAAUGGUAGAAAUAAUAAAAUAUCUAUUACUUUAUCAUAUAUAGAAAGAAGCCACAAUGGUCAUGAUGAUACUGCGGGCAACAGCGCAUCAGAAACAUACAAUUCUGGUUUUAUCACAAGUUUUGAACCGUUAUCCCCAUUUGUUAACAUGGAGAAUAGUGCAAAUAAUACCACAAACUCAACAGACACAUUACUUGCCAAAAAAAAUCACACCUUCAAAAAUUUUCCCAUAUAUUCUGUAUUAAAUUUUAGAUUAAGGAAUGUUUCACUGAUGAGGUUAAAGAAAAUUAUAUCUUCUCUAGACUUGCAGCCAUCUAAAACGUUGGUAUAUUUAAGGGAAAAAUAUGGAGGUGGCGGAGAUACUUCAAAUUUAUAUUUGAAAAUUAUAGAUAUAUCAUAUUUUCUAAUUAACGAUUCAUUUUUACAGUUAGAUCCUAUGAUAAAUACGGAUGACGAUGUAAAUUCUAUUAUUAAUCCAAAUGAGUCCAUAUUUUUGACGACAGAUAAGUCAUUUACAGUUAAUUACGACUUGCCUUUCCAAACAUCAAAUCAAAUUAAAAUAUCCAUACGAUAUUUGGUGAAUUAUUGUGACACUGAGUAUAUUGAAAUUGAAACUGUUUGGGAAACACAAGUUAAUGUAAAUAAAUCUAUUCUUUCGCCACUUGUCCCACAGAAUUUGCCACAAUCAUCCAAUAACUUUAGUUCUACUAAUAACAUAAUUACUAAUGAUGUUGAAACAUCUUUAAGUGGUGUAGACAAUACCACUAGUAACGCUAACAAGGGUGGUACCUUGGUUAAUACAGCAGGUAAUACUUUGGCAGCUAGCAAUACUACUACUACUAGUACUAGUACUACUACUACUACUACUACUACUACUACUACUACUAAUAAUAAUAAUAACAAUAAUAAUAAUGCAACUAAUAAUAAAAAUUCAAUCGUCAAUUCACCCACUUUAAAUGUCAAUUCCAAUGAUAAGGCUAUAAAUUCAUUAACCCAAAUAGUCAACAGUAUUUCGAAGAAUAACAAUAACAAUGGUACCAACUCUACCAAUUCUCUAACUCAAUUUGGUUUAGUAAAUAGUACACCAAUGUUAAACGGGACAAAAUCUUUUAAACCAAUGAUAAGUAAUAAUAGUAGUAGUAGUAACAACAGUCCGUACAUUAUUAGAAACGUAAAUAAUUGGGGAAAUAUAUUGAGUAAUCAAGGAAGCUCAAUUCAAGUUAGAGCACAUGGAUUGUACAAUAAUGAAGCUGUUUAUUGUAAGUUAGGACAAACAUUUAAAAUAAAGUUACAGAUCCAAACUAUUGAUAACAAUCUUAACAAUAACAAUAAUAAUAAUAAUAAUUAUGAAAACACUGGCAUUAUCGAAGAUGUUGUUUUGUUAAAUAAUUCUAGCGGUACCACUACUAAUGGUACCGGUAAUAAUAGUAUGAAUGCGAACAAUAGAAACAGAAGUAAUAGCACCCCAAAUAGACGUAAUUACGGUGGUAACAAUGCUAGUAAAACUAAGCUUAAAAACAUUAGUAAUGAUACCAAUAAAAAUUUAUGUGGGAUCGUAGUAUACCAAACUUUAAAUAUUCCAGGAAAUACAUGCAAUAUGAAUAACGGUGCUAGUGACUAUUUAUCUGUUUUUAAUACAAAUAAUAGUACGGUUGCUAAUACGCGUGUUACAUCAGGUAUUAAUACACCAAACGCACCAUUUUCCUUAUCUUCAUCUGAAUUAAAUUCGACUUAUUCAGGGACACAGCAACAACAACCAUCGUUAAGUGCAAUGUAUUGGAGUUGGAAGAAAAGAUUGGCACAGUUGCCCUACCAAAAUGGUGUUAUACUAUUGAACAAUGAUUAUAAGAUCCCGAUGGAAGAUUUAGAAAACAAAACAAUUGAAUUUGAUUUGGAAUUAAUUGGAUUACAAAGAGGUUAUUAUCCUAGUUUGAAUGGGUUAAAAUUAGUUGAUUUAAGCAGCGGAGAGGUGAUUGAAUUUGGAUCCAAACUUGCAGUAAUGGUGGAAUAA